AUGGACUUGCACCGAUACCUUUGUCUCUCCUUUGCUGCCUACCUUGGAGUUGUCACCUCCUCAGAGGUCAGGCUGGUGCCAGGACCCUGUGCCGGGCGGGUGGAAGUGCUUGUGAAUGGAUACUGGGGCACUGUGUGCACUGAAGGCUGGGACAAGACAGAUGCGGAAGUCGUGUGCAAGCAGCUGGGUUGCGGGAUGGUCAAAGAAGCCUUCAGAUCUGGCCUAGGUGCUGGAUCCAGUCCCAUCCUGAUGACAAACGUGGCAUGCCAAGGGACAGAGAAGUCACUGAAACACUGCCACUUUGAAGAACCUGAGGACUGUGACCAUAGCCAGGAUGCAGGGGCUCAGUGCCAAGCUGCAGAGUACACAGUGCUGCCUGUCCGACUGGUAGGAGGUGCCACACGCUGCCGUGGGCAGGUGGAGGUUUACCAUAAGAAUCGCUGGGGCGCUGUGUGUGGGUAUGGCUGGGACCUGACCGAUGCCAAAGUGCUGUGCCGGCAGCUGGCCUGUGGGAGACCGCAACGCAUCACCAACCGCUGUAGCAAUUUCCACUCCAGCUCAGACGCUGUUUUGCUGGGCCAGCUGGAGUGCACUGGAAAGGAGGACUCCUUGACCCAUUGCCAAAACCAGUCCUGGGAGAAACUGCCCUGUCCCAGCUACCUGCAUGCUGGGGUCGUGUGCCGAGAACCCUUUGCACUGAGGCUUGUGGAUGGCCCACGGGCCUGCUCUGGGCGACUGGAGGUACAGCAUGAUGGGGAGUGGGGCACGGUAUGUGAUGAUCACUGGGCCAUGCCGAAUGCAGAGGUAGUGUGCAGAGAGCUGGGCUGUGGCCAGGCUGAGCCAGUAUCCCAACUGGUGUGGGAGAGGACCCGCUUUCGCCAGGGCACUGGAAGGAUCUGGCUGGAUGAUGUCCGUUGCAAAGGUGAGGAGAAGACCCUGCAGAACUGUGCCCACCGCAUCUGGGGCUACCAUGACUGCAGCCAUCGUGAGGACAUAAGCGUAGUCUGCCAGGUUAACUGAGCCACCCAUGGCUCCACCCCUGCUUCUUCAGCCUCCCUCUGAUACUCACUGCUUCAAGCUUCUGCCAGUAGCUUCAGUGCAGCCAGAGCCCCAAACCCUGCCAACAAGCAUAUCCAGGACCCAAAAGUGCCAUUGCCAGGCUUGUGCCUUGCUGCCCUCUUGUGGUAGCAAGGAGCUAUAUGGAAAUAUUCAUGCAAACACAGGAGCGGGAUUCCCACCUGAGCAAAACCCUUCUUACCCCCCAUGUAUGGCCUCUU